GGAUUUUUUUGUCAAAGCGGGGGUAUCACGGCGUGGGGCGUAAGCGGGUCCUGCCGACACCUCGCGCCUGGGAAGGAGUCGCUCGCUCUGGGCAGCAGGCAAAUCCUCCCCGCUGCUCGCUGCGCUCCGGACCUCCGGCGAGAAGUGUGGGGAUGUUUGGGGUGGGGGGCGGGGGGGUGGUCUUGAGGAUGAAAACGGGCGUAUUAGCGCGUCACAUUCCCCGCACCAGUGUACAACGCGUACAUAUUUCUGUAUCGGCUCAGUUCCUGGAGGUUUGCGUCUGUUUUUCUAUUGUGUGCUCUGCUGUCGCCUGAAGUGGGCGUCGCUCCAGGACAGGCUGGGCUGCUCCGGUGCGCCGCUGCCCGUUUUUCUCUCGCAGGACUGCGGCGCUCUCUCGUCGUUUUGUAGGUCGAAUGGUGUCUGAAUUAACCGGAGAGUGAGCUCGGUGGAGAUAAGAGACUUGGUUUGGUGGUUUGACAUUAAAGGCACCGCGGAGUCUUGCGGGCGGGCGUCGCACAGUGCGGGCGCUGCGCAGCCCCUCAAAGAACAUCGCAGGUCUUAUUAAAAAAAUAUUAAUAAUAAUAAUAAAAACUAAAAAAAAAAAAAAAGGGAUGAGCUUUAAUUCAGUCAUUGGGUUGCCAAGUAGGUUACUGUCAAUGAUAUAAGACGUAUUCUGAAAACGAGGUUGCUGCAGAUUUUUCUUUCAUUUUUUAUAUUUCUUUUUUGGAGCCGUGUCCGGUCGCGCUGUUUCAUUUUCUCUCAUCUACCCAGCAGACCGAUGCGUUUGAGGCAUCUGGGAUUUUGAUGGGGUUUAGCUCUCAGCGAUGAUUACAGGUUUUGUCACCCGAUGCUCCCUCGCUGGAGCCGGGUGUAGCCCAUUAGAAGAUGAUUUUGAUUGAAGGGUCGUUCGGCGAAUCACAACGCAGAAGGAGGUCGGGAGGGCUGGGCCUUCUGCGGAGCUGGAGGUAAUCCAGCUCUGAGACAAAGAUGCGGCAGCCCCAGAGGUGGUUCAACACGGCCGACAUCACAGUGUCUCACCAAAGCAACCUGCUCAAGCAGCUCAACCAGCAGCGCCGCCAGGAGCUGUUCUGUGACUGCAGCGUGCUGGUGGAGGGCCAGCUCUUCCGGGCCCACCGCAAUGUCCUGUUCGCCAGCAGCGGCUACUUUCGCAUGCUUCUGUCCCAGGGACCUGACGGGCUGCCCGACUCCGUCAACGCCACCUUCGACGUCUUCACCCCCGAGACGUUCACCGUCAUCCUGGAUUUCAUCUACUCCGGCCAGCUGGAUCUCUCGAGCCACAACGUGAUCGAGGUCAUGUCCGCAGCCAGCUACCUUCAGAUGAACAAUGUCAUCAACUACUGCAAGAACUUCAUCAAAUCCUCUUUGGACAUCAGUGUGAAGGACGAAGACAGCGACCGAUGCCUUAGCCUGUCGGAGACUUGUAGCUUCACCAGCAUAGCAGGGGACGAGUCCGUGGAGCAGCAGCAAGGCCCGCGCUCCGUCAGCCCGCCGCCUGCGCUUUGGACCCGGGACAACUCCAGAUCCCAGUCGAGCUUCAUGGGGAAAGACCAAGACCAGGAUUCCACUACCUCGGCCCUGAAGACCAAUCCAAGCAGCCCCACUAAUGAGCUCGGGCCAGAGCCAGAGGACCUGCAGGACCCUCAGGACCCUCUGUACACCUUGCCUGGAUCAGAGCGCCGACGCGGAAAAGGGGGGACAAAGAGGAAAGCAGCCAACAGCACUCGUUCGAACCAGCACGAGGACUUGGACAUUCAAGAGGCGAGGUCGCAGAAGGCCGAAAAGGCAGAGGAGCUGUACGCCACUCUACCACAGAUUGUUGGUGUGAUCGGAAACUUUAAUAAAGACUCCAACCCUAUUAUGCGCUUCAAAUGCCCCUUUUGUACACACACGGUGAAGAGGAAGGCAGAUCUCAAGCGUCACCUGCGCUGCCACACUGGAGAGAGGCCAUACCCGUGUCAGGCCUGCAAUAAGCGCUUUACUCGUCUGGAGCAUCUCCGCAGCCAUUUUGAAACGAUCCAUCAAGCCAGGAAGCUGGUGUGCAGGAAGUGCAAGUGUCAGGUUACAGAGGAGACUGGUCAUGUGGUGUGCGAGGGCACACGACGCUACCGCAUGUGUACUGCGUGCAUCCAGGAAGUGGGCUGUGACGACAUCCCCAUGGACAGUCUGGAGGGGCCCAAUGAGGAGCCGGCCCUGUUGCUGGGCGUGGACGGGGAGGAGGAGGGCGACACCAAGAGGAGCUGGAUGGUGAACGAUGAUGACGACCUGGCCGAAGACUCGGGGGCCGACCUCAUUAUCCAGCAAGUGGACGACAGUGACGAGGAGCUGCAGUGAAACGGGACCAAAGUGCGUGCGCGCAGAUGCGUGCCCGAAUACUGACUUAUGUGUGAGUGUGUUAAAGCCAUGAAAGAGAAGUUAUGCACAAAAUAUGGGAUCCACUUAUGUAAAUAUGCACAUUUAUGAUAUAUUAGUUGUCUAUUAGUUAAAUAAAACUACUUGAUCUUUGAUUUAUGUUGACAUUCAUGACAAAGUGUAAAGCUUUUUGUUAAGUUUCAUCAAUAUAUGCAGUAUCCAAAGCAUGCACCGGUGUUCGCCGUUUCCUUUGCUUCAGUUGUGGUUGUAUGAUAAUAUUUCCAAUAAGUGUUGUUUUCAUGUCCAUGAAAGAGCAUCACACCUCUGCUGCUUACGGGGAUUAUCUUCUGGCACUUGGGCAGAACUAAGAGAACAGAUAGAGUGAUGCUCUAUGAGUUCUCUGUCUGUGGGGAAAAGUAAGAGCAGACUGUUUUCAGUGUCAUGGUUGCUUUUAAUAUUUGGUCAUGAUAUGCACUAUGAUACAAACAUGAUUAUAAUUUAUUUCUUGUUGUUGUUGCUUUGUUUUUUACUUUUUGACACAUUAAAGAUAUUUUUAUACA